AUGGCGGCGCUCGCUAGCAAUAUCGGCGCUCUUCUACAUGACCCCAAGUACGCCGACCUCGAGAUCAGAUGCGGCGGGAAGAGCUUCAAAGUGCAUCGCGCAAUCGUUUGUUCGCGCUCCAAGGUGUUGGACAGGGAGUGCAGUGGAGGCUUCUUGGAAGCUGAUACCAGAAUCGUCAAUCACGCCGUCUUCGACGUCGACACUCUAGAGCGAAUGCUAGAGUUCAUCUACCGCGGCAGAUACUCCAUCAAGCUCACCUCGAACGCCGAGGACUCUUCACGAGGCACGCGCUGGUGCCGAUUUGAACCCACUUGGCAUAUCGAGCAAGAUGAAGGAAAUCCCAAUGAGCCAAACAUCUACCAUGCGAUCAGCUUCAUGGGCCCGUUCCAGUCCAAGAGCUUCGAGGAGUUGCGGCUAGAAGAUUACGUGCAGGACAGUUCAUCCUCCAUCGACGUCCUUGAGCAACAUGUCCAUGUCUACGCUAUUGCGGACUACUACGAGCUCCCCGAUCUGGAGGCACUUGCUUUGCAGUAUUUCCAAGCCGGCAAGUCAUCGCUGCUGCCCAUUUGCAACGACCAACUCAUUCGAAUCCUCGAAGCCAUCUACAGCAACACUCCUGUCUCCGAUGAAUGUCUCCGCUACGAGAUUCUCGACUUCUGCAUUGACGAGAAGAAGACUCUGCUCAAGGAUGGCUGGUUCGUACAAGCAGUCGUCGACAACCCAGAGCUCCAGGACUUCACCGCUGAGUUCAUGCUGGGGCUUACCCAUCGUCAUCAAGAGGAUCUCGAAUACGAGCAGAAGUCGCACGUCGAAGUUGUCAAGACACUGCAGGACGAUAUUCAGCGCCUUUCACAACAGCUCGGCAGCGCUCAAUCAGAAGUCACGGCGGCAGCAGAGCAGCUGAAGCCUGUCGAAGAAAACCUUGCAUGGUACAAGGCAGAGACAGAGCGACUGUCUCAGCAUCUGCAGAUCAGCCAAGCCACUGUUGUGGCAGCACAGAACAGCAUCGGCAACAAGAUUGCUGCCCAGCUCGCCGAGUUCGAUGCAAUCAGGUUCUGUCGCCACUGUGGAGAGGAUUUUGAGUUCUACAUCGAGAGAUACGGCGGCGGAUAUGUGGCGAGAUGCGACGACUGUACUACGAGGCAUUUCAGCAAGACUGAAGUUCCUUAA